AGUGGAUGCGAAUUGCAACACUAUAUACAAGGUUUAUUUUGGUGCUUAUUUGUCAGGCGCGCAAUGGCAUCUUUCCACUUACGUACAGCCGCGCGCUCUUUGCUAAAGUCUUAUCGACACAGAGCAGUGUUAAAAACGGUCCAAGGACUCAGAGUGUGGGAGUUGAGAAACAUGUAUCUAUGUACUUCCAUCGCAGUGCACAACAGCAUGGAGGAGCUCCUGAGAAAGACAGUGGCCCCAUUGCCCACCUAUGAGAUGAGAGACAAAUCUCCACCUCCACCUGAAUCCAACAGUAUGGAGUUCAUGCACUUCUACAAGAGUUUAGAGAAAGAGCAAAAGCUGGAGUUUCUCGAGAAGCUGUCUUAUGAUUUCGGGGUAGAUCACAGAUGGGCUUCGGAUCUGGCUGCGAAGUUGCUGGACACUCAGGGGCGCGAAGCGGCCACUAUCCUGCAGGUGGAGGACAGGUUACGGUACAGUCUAACACCCCGCUACCGACAGCUGCUCACGCACAUCAGCAAGGUUCCGGGCGGAGUGAAGUUUCUGGUGGACCUCAGGGCGGAUCUCAUCGAGUUAAAAAUUAGUGACAGCCCGCAUAUGAGGGAUCUGAACAGCACUCUGAAGAGUCUUCUGUCAGAAUGGUUCUCUGUUGGCUUACUCCGACUGGAAAGAAUCACUUGGCAGUCCCCAUGCGAGAUCCUUCAGAAGAUCAGCCAGUACGAGGCGGUCCAUCCUGUGCGGAACUGGACAGAUAUCAAACGCAGAGUGGGGCCGUACCGGAGAUGUUACGCCUUCACCCAUGCCUCCAUGCCUGGAGAGCCACUGGUGGUGCUGCAUGUUGCCUUAACUGAGGACAUAGCAAAUAAUAUCCAGGGAAUUGUAAGAGAGUUUUCCACUCUAGACGCAGACGAAGAUGUUAACAAGAUCAAUGCAGCCAUCUUCUACUCCAUCUCCUCCACUCAGGCCGGAUUGCAGGGGGUUGAGCUUGGAAACUACCUCAUCAAGAGGGUGGUCCGAGAACUGCAGAGUGAAUUUCCUCACAUGGCCCAGUUCUCCAGUCUGUCUCCCAUCCCCGGCUUCUCCUUAUGGCUACAAGGGGCUCUCGGACAGCUCAAGAAGGAGGGCCGUGCCAUAGAGCUCCUGUCUGAGCAGGAGUGGAGGGAGGUGGAGGAUGUGACGAGAGCUGUCCCUGGUACCCCAGCUCUGGAGGCCCUGCGCAGGCUCAUCAGCACCAGCGAGUGGAUCCGCUCCGACCGCCUGGUCCGUGCUCUGGAACCUGCGCUAAUGCGGCUCUGCGCCUGGUAUCUGUACGGAGAGAAACGGCGGGGCUACGCCCUUAACCCUGUGGCCAACUUCCAUCUUCAGAACGGCGCCACUAUGUGGAGGCUGAACUGGCAAGCUGACACAAGCCCACGCGGGAUGGCCAACUCUUGCGGCAUAAUGGUUAAUUAUCGCUACUUUUUACAAGAGACCAGCACUAACAGCGCCGCCUACCUGCAGAAUAAAGUCAUCAAGGCUUCGGAGCAGGUGAUGGGACUGGUGUCGCAGUUUCAGAAGAACAGCAAACUCUGAGUCAAAUCUCUAGCUCUGUGCUGGAACUCGAAUAUUGUUAUCAUUUUUGAUAACUCUGAUCUGCACAGGGUGGACAAGCACAAUGAAGAUUUAAAUGAGCCCCAUGUGGAUCUACAACUGAAACCUGCAAGUCAUAUUUCAUUGUUUAUUCAGAGAUGGACAGUUGUACUCUGCCUUUCUGAAAGAUAAUAAUCCAAAUAAAUCUAAUUCUAAAGGGAUAGUUCACCCCAAAACGAAAAUUUUGGCAUCAUAUACAAACCCUCAAGUUGUUCCAAACCUGUAUGACUUUCUUUCUUCCACAGACAAUCGUCCUGCAGCUUUUUCAUCCAGCAGCUGUUCACAAUGACAACAUAAUGUCAUAGAUAAAACAUUAUUAAAUGUAUUAAAAUAGUCCAUAUUUAUCCAUUAAACUCUGUGAAGUGAAGCAAACUUGUUCAUGCACAUCACUUAUGAAUAUUUAGCAGUAGUUCACAGGUUUGAUGUCAUUACAUGUGAGAACCAAUGGCAUUGGAUGCUAUUGAUGCCCAACCUGAAGGUUGACUUUAAAGGGGGGGUGAAAUGCUCAUUUUCACUCAAUAUCCUGUUAAUCUUGAGUACCUAUAGAGUAGUACUGCAUCCUUCAUAACUCCAAAAAGUCUUUAGUUUUAUUAUAUUCAUAAGAGAAAGAUAGUCUGUACCGAUUUUUCCCGGAAAAACACGAGUGGCUGGAGGCGUGACGUGUGGGCGGAGCUAAAGAAUCACGAGCGCCAGUAGGCUUUUGGGUUGAGCGCGUCUGGAAGCUGUGAAACCUUGAGGACAAAACCAACCAAAACAAACCACGGCUAACAGUCAGAUUCAGCGUAUAUUUAUGAUCCAGAAUUAGAUCCAGAGGCUGAAAUUGAACAAGAGCAGCAUCAGCAAUCAGUCUCUAUGUGGUAUGUACUGAAACUGUAUGUAUUUGCUUAGCGGUUUUGGAAAAUGACUAAGUUCCACUUUGUCGUCUUUUUUUUUUUUAAGCUGUACAUGUGGAAAGUGCAGUUUGAUGACAACAUCGCAUGUUGUUUACUUGAUGUGCUCACACGCCGAUAGCUAAAUUCACAACACAGAGAUAUUUGAAGCAGUUUUACUCACCGCCUGCGGUUCCAACACCCGAUCGUGACCCUUUUUCGUUGGGACUGCAUUAUCCUUAAGAAAUAAACGAUGUGCAAAUCCGGCGUCAAACUGGGCCUUGUUUGUAAAACAAGCAUCUUCGAAAUGCAGGGGAACAAACACAAACACUUGCACAACUCCGUUGAUGCUCUGUAAAAAUAAACUCCAUGCUGUUUCUCUUUUGGUAAUCUGUGCAGGGUUGUCUUGCCCUGGCAACCAAAAACACACUUCUUUUGUGACAUUUCGCGACGCUCUCGCUCUGAUCAGUGAAUGUCUGUUGUGCUCUCACUCAUUGCUCUGCUAUACGGGAGCGCGCGCUCUUCCGGCAGACGUGCCCUCAGGACCCAUAUAAGGAAAUUCCGCUCCAUCUAACGUCACAAAGAGCCAUACUCAAAAAAAACUUUCCGAAACUUGUGACAAACCGGAAGGAGUAUUUUUGGAACAGAAAUACUCCUUCAAACGUACAACUUAAUUUUUGAAACUUUGUCCAUGUUUAGCAUGGGAAUCCAACUCUUUAACGGUGUAAAAAACUCAGUAUGCAUGAAAUAGCAUUUCACCCCCCCUUUAAAAAGAACUGGUUCUUAAGAGUCAUUUGCUCAUGAAACAGCAUUUGUUGUUAAGAAAUCAAGAAUGUAUUGUAUGUUUUUAGCAUGCAGCUAGGGUUUUUGGGUUCUGAUAACUAUGUAAAAACGAUUAAAUCUAUACAAUUCAACAAUAAAACAACAUAAAUAUGUAUAAAACAACAUACAGUUUGACAUGAGGGUGAGUAAAUGAUGACCGAAUAUUAAUUUUAAGUGAACUAUCCUUUUAUGACGUUUACUAUGAUUACCCAGCAUGCUGCUUGGUGAUGUUACAAUGAGAUUUCACAUAAUUUUUUUAAGGUGUUCCAAAUCUCCACUAAUUUCAAUCAAGAAAAGGAUAAUCUUCCAAAUUAAUCUAUCUUUUUCAGUCCUUUUCAGCAGCGCUUGAGCCUCUGUUUGAUUCGCCGGUUGCUGAUUUUGAUGUAGACUUAUGCUACACUCUGAAAGACUGGGGGUAAUGAAGCGGGACGAAUCUAUCAGCCUCUGUCAUGUCUUUGCCUUCUCAGCGUGUGUACGUAAGAGAGCGUUCCAGCGCGACUGAGUGGAAGCUGCUGUAAUAAAUGAUGUUUUGAUUCCUUCAUUAGCGGGAUCUGAUUCAAUGUGAAACGGCUGUCUGUAUGUAAAUGUGUCUCAAUGUGCCAGCUAAAAAUGUUUAUUUAUGAAUUAAAAUUCUGCUUAUCUUCCAAAAA